AUGUCGGGGUACGGACGCAACGAUGACAACACCGGUGUGGGUGGCUACAACCAAGUCCACACCGAGACCUACGACAAGGAGCACCGGAGCUCGGGAGGCAGCGGCCUCGACAACCUGAAGGAGAAGGAGCACGGCCACCAGCGCGCCAGCCACGUCGCCUCCGACCCGGUCUACGGCGCCACCGACGCGCACAAGAGCGGCGUGGGCGCCAAGGCCGAGUCGGCCCUGCACGGCGUCAAGGCCAAGAUCCCCGGCACCCAGGAGCACAAGCUGACGCAGGAGGGUGGCCGCCCCUACGAGGGCAUCCGCGGCGAGGCUGACCUCGCCGCCGGCACCGGCGGCGCCGGCUACCAGCGCAACGAAGCCCCCGUGCACGGCGGCCACCUGCACCACGAGGGUGCCGGCAGCGGGGCGGGGUACACCCGCACCGCCGCAACCCACGGCCAUGACGACCUAGGCGCCGGGUCGGGCAACCGCGAAGCCGGGUACCACGGCGCCGGCGCCGGGUAUGACAAUGAGGUUACCCACGGAUCCGCCGGGGAGAGGGGUCAUGACGAGGGUGGCCAGUCCAAGCUGGGCCAGGUGUUUGAGAAGGUGAAGGCUGCCAUCCCUGGCACGGCCGAGAACAAGGAAAAGAAGGCCUUCGAGGGCCGGUACUGA